GCUUGCGAAAUAAAAAAGUUCCAAUAGCGACGGAAUUUAGUUAUGCCGGGACCCGAUGAGUGGACCCCUUGCAAAUGUGUAGCACCAGCUCACUUCAACUGCAUCGCAAAUCCGCAUUAACAAGUAUGGCGCAAAUGACCGACCAACUUACUGUACGUUACAUUCAAGCUAUAUUUGAGAGAAUAUAUCCUAACAAUAUUAUAAGGGCAGCGGCGCAGAAGCUUUGGCAGAGACUUUAGCACGGCUAUCCAAGAAACCGGGGGUACAGGCGACACUGGUGCUUGAAGCCUCUAGUGGUACAAUUAUCCAGAAUUCUGGAUCGUUUUCAGCGUUUCGUUCAGCCUCUAGACCAAACAAUGCUGGUGUUUCAACCGAAGAUUCGAACGCGACGGCCAGCACAGAGAGCCAGGGCAUCGAAGAGCUGGCUUCUAUGGUCUGGAGUUUUGUGAAAUCGGCAGGGGGACUUGUUCAUGGGCUGGAUGUUGAGGUUCGUCAGAAGCAAGUUAUGAUACAUGAAUGGCGUAUUGAUCUAGCUCUAGGAUGAGGUUAGACUACUGCGCCUUCGAACGAAGAAACACGAGCUUGUGAUUGUUCCAGACUCAAAAUACAUACUCGUUGUUGUACACGAAACACCUCCAGCCUAGAGGAAAAUCGCAGAUGGAGUUUGAUUUCACGGAUAUUGUUGUGGAAAGGCGUUCAAUACCCACGGAGCAUUUUACGGCGUUUUUAUUACGACGAGAUAAUGUUUUAAUGUCAUUAAUUAAUCAUGCGAAAUUUCUUUCCUCCUAUUUAUGCCCGGCGUGUAUGUGUGGUUCAUUUCAAGGCUUAUUUCCCGAGGUCUACUUAUUUUAGAGUCUCGCAUGUCUACGAAGCUAUGGACGAUUUGGCGGAGGACGAUUGGUCAUUCGAGAUUUGUAAUUUGAAGUCAAGAGCAAUCUAUAAUAAUCCACCAACAUACAAAAUUUCUCACGGUCAUGAGUUCCUACACUAGGCCUAGGAAAUGUAGUCUACGGGAUAAGCACCGAGAAGUUUAGCUCUUCAGACGAUACACACUUGAUGCUUGGUACGCACUUGAAGAUUGGGGUAUCAUCCAUCAGAAUUUUCAAGAAUCUUAAUAAUAUUGCUGUGUACUGAAC